AUGGCGGAUGGUGCUACAGGAGAGACAAGACCUAGAACUCAUACCGAGAAAGGUUUAGAAUAUCAUCUCGAUCGUAAGUCUAAGUAUCGUAGGGGAUGUGUAAAUAAACUGGUGUCUUUGAGUGAGGAUAUCGAAGAAUUAUUGACAACAUCAACAGAUGUGAAUGAAGUCAAAGAACUGUACAAGAAAUGGCUGAAAGUUUACGAUGAACUUUUAUUUACACAUGAAAGUCUUCAGGGCUUAUUGAAACUUUCGACCGGAAGUGGAGAAAGUGAUGACAAAGAAUUUCAGGACAGGAAUUCCCGAUUUCAUAAAGUGAAAGAUUCUGUAGAACAGUGGUUCGGGAAACAUUCAGUGCAACCUACUCUAAAGAAAAUACCAUCUGAUGUGAAAUCGAGACUGUCGAGUGCAUCGAGAACUUCAAGUCAAAUUUCACUCGAGAAAUUAAAAGAAAGUCAACGAAAAGCAGAACUGUUGGCCAAAGCAUCAGCUUUAGAUGAACAACGAAAAUUAGAAGCGGCUAAACUGGAGCUGAAAAUGAAAGAAGAAGAAUUGAAGAUUAAAACUGAACUUCAGAUAAGUGAUGCACGAUCCAAAUUAUUGGAAGAAUUAGAGAAAAGUGAACUCCGUGACCAAGAACUAGAAAACUCCCUCAUCAAUGAAAAUAUAGACAGAAUUGUAACUUUUGAUCUUGAUCGUGAGAAUGAGUUCACAUGUGACAAUUCUACUCCGCGCAUUCCUCAUCGAUCUGUGCAACGUUUAGUUAGACCAGAAUUGUCAACACCCAUAUAUGAACCAAGCAGUGAAAUACAGACUGUCGCUCGUGAAUUGAACAAACCAAAAGCUGAUCUACAGAAGUUUGAUGGAAACCCUAUGAAUUACACAAGAUUUCUCAGACAAUUCAAUGCCAGAAUUUGUUCUAAUACGGAAUCAUACGAAGAACGGUUGAACUAUCUAUUACAGUUUACUGUUGGUGAAGCACAAAGAAUCGUUUCUGGUUAUUCAUAUCUGGAUGCUGAACGUGGCUACAAAGCAGCACUGGAAGAGUUGAAGGAUCGUUAUGGAGACCCUGACAUUAUAGCGCAAGCAUAUGUGAAGAAAGCUCUCGAUUGGCCUCCAGUAAAACCGGACAGUGCAAAAACUUUAGAUCAGUUUGCUAUAUUUUUGCGUGAGUGUCAAUAUGCUGUUGAAAACAUUGAUACUGGUCGUGUACUGGAAUAUUCAAAAAAUUUGAAACUGUUAGUGAAGAAAUUACCAUUUUACCUUCACGACAAAUGGCGAAGCUGUGUAUAUGAACUGAAAGAGAAGAAACAAGCUGUGAAGUUUCACCAUCUUGCUGACUUUGUUCGCAAAGAAGCCAAAAAAGCAACAGAUCCUAUAUACGGAAGAGAAAUUAUGAGCAGUUCAGCCAACAAACGUUUUCAAGACCAGAAGAAAUCAGAAGCACAUAAAAACUUUGCUGUGAAAACCAACACAAGAUCUUUCUAUGAUAACAGUGCUACACAGAUGAAACCAGUUUUCAAACAUUGUACAUUCUGUAAUGGAGCCCAUUCAUUGGACAUGUGUUUGAGCAUUACUAUUCUACCUCUUAAAGACAGAUAUGCAUUCUUGAAAACAAAUGGACUGUGUUUUGCAUGCUUGAGAUAUGGACAUGUGAAAACUAAUUGUCGACAAAGAAUGACAUGUGCUCAUUGUAAGAAGUAUCAUCCAUCCAUUCUUCACGUUGAUCCUCGACAGAAUGAAGGAACAAAUGGAGCUUCAACUUCAAGAGAACAUACUGACAGUGAGAACCCUUUGUUCGCUAUGUCAUCUACAGUUCAUAUGGGGGCUGGAAAACAAGCGCUACCUAUUGUGCCGGUCAGAGUCAAGUCAAAGUUCAGUGACAAAUACCUGGAAACAUAUGCUUUCCUUGACUCAGGAAGCAAUGCCACAUUCUGUUUGGAGGACAUUGCAAGAUUGUUAAAACUGGAGGGAAGGAAGAUGAACCUCAACCUUACGACAAUGGGCCAACAGCAUACUCAGACUUCUCAUGUGAUUUCCGGGUUAGAAAUAUCCGACAUCAAUGGUGUGAAUGUGUUGGAACUUCCUCCGGUCUACACACAACCUACUUUACCUGCAUCGAGGACAGAUGUGAUUUCUCCAGAGGAUAUUGAGAACUAUCCACAUCUCAGUGAUAUUGAACUUCCCAGGAUUGACAGUGAUGUUGGAAUUCUGAUUGGAGUCAAUGUGCCUAGGGCAAUGGAGCCUUGGGAUGUUAUAACCAGUGUUGAUAAUGGACCGUUCGCUGUAAAAACUUUGCUAGGCUGGGUGAUAAAUGGCCCACUCGAAAUUCAUGCGACUUCGAACGAAACAUAUGUGUCCGUUAAUCGUGUAGAUGCAAAACUAAUGAACAACUUGGAGGAACAGAUUCGCAAUCAGUUUAAUCAUGACUUUAAUGAAAGAACUAUUGAUGACAAGUGUGAACCCUCAAAGGAAGACAGAAGAUUCCUAGAAUGUGUGUCAAAUUCUAUUCAUUUUGAAGACGGACAUUACGUUAUAAGCCUUCCAUUUAAGUCAGAAAACUUGUGUUUACCUAACAACAGGAAACAAGUUGAACAAAGACUGUCUUCACUUCAGAAACGAUUCAGUCGUGAUGAAAACUUCCACAAAGAAUACUGUGUAUUCAUGAACAAGAUUCUUGAAGAAGGAUAUGCUGUCAAAGUUCCAGAUGAGAAAGUUAUUCAAGAUGACGGACAAGUGUGGUACCUACCUCAUCAUGGAGUAUACCAUCCUAAGAAGAAGAAGUUGAGAGUUGUGUUCGAUUGUGCAGCUCGAUAUCAGGGAACUUCAUUGAACGAACAACUGUUACAAGGACCGAAUCUCACAAAUACUCUGAUUGGUACACUCUUAAGAUUCAGACAAGAUGAGAUAGUGAUCAUGGGAGACAUCGAUAGCAUGUUUUAUCAAGUGAAAGUACCACAGGAGGAUGCAAGUUUCCUUAGAUUCCUAUGGUGGGAGGAUGGAAAUCCUAGAAAACGCAUAAUUGAGUACCAAAUGGUAGUACAUUUAUUUGGUGCGACAUCAUCGCCAAGUUGUGCAAAUUAUGCUUUGAGGAAAACAGCGCACGAUUACAAAGGACUUUACAACACUGAAGUCAUCAACACUGUCCUUAAAAACUUUUAUGUGGAUGACUGUUUGAAAUCAGUGAAAACCGUAACUGAAGCAUCUUCUCUGUUGUGUGAUUUGCAAGAUCUUCUUAUGAGAGGAGGAUUUCAUAUUACUAAAUGGAUUAGUAAUAGCCGAGAAGUUAUGACCUAUAUUCCAGUCUCAAGGAGAGCAAAGGAAGUCAAAGACUUGGAUUUGGAAAAUGAUACCCUUCCCAUCGAUAGAGCCCUGGGAGUUCAGUGGUGUGUUGAAAAUGAUGUUUUUUGUUUCAAGAUGGACAUUAAAGAUCAACCCUUAACGAGAAGAGGUAUCUUAUCCAUGGUGAGCAGUGUGUUUGACCCACUGGGAUUUUUGGCCCCGUUCACUUUAAAAGCAAAGUGUUUACUACAAGAACUUUGUAAACUUCAGCUAGGAUGGGAUGAGAAGAUACCAGGACAUCUCGCACAACAGUGGAAUGAAUGGCUACAAGAUCUAGAGAGACUUUCUGACUUUAAAGUGUCAAGAUGUUAUAAACCUGUUGGAUUCGGAGAAAUAAAGUCCGUACAGCUACAUCACUUCGCAGAUGCCAGUGAACGUGGAUAUGGAACUGUAUCCUACUUAAGACAGGAGAACUUUGAUGGUGCAGUUCAUUGCUCAUUCGUUAUAGGCAAGUCACGUGUCGCUCCAUUAAAACAUGUAAACAGAUAG